AUGAAGGUCUCAACCACCCGCAUCCUGUUCGCCAGCCUCUGCGGCUCGGCCCUCGCCGCUCCCAUCACCGCCGACGCCAACGCCAACGCCGAUGUCACCGUCAACGCCGACGUUGACGCCCGUGUCCACCGCCGCGGCCUCGUCCCCGGCUCGGUCCCGGUCGUGAACGGCCUGGGCGACGUCGCCGACGUCAACAAGGACAUCAGCGGCCUCCCCGUCACGCUCCUGACGGGCAGCGUUCUCGGCCGCGGCGACCUGGCCACCGUUGUCGUCGACGCUGACGUGGACGCUGACGUCGCCGUCCACAAGCGCUCCACCGCGGACCGCCUCCUCGACGUCACGGUCGAUGCCAAGGUCAACAACGCACGUGACGUCGACGCCGACGUUGACGUUGACGCCGACGUCCAGGCCGAUGUCGACGUUGACGCGGAUGUCCAGGCCGAUGUCGACGUUGACGCGGAUGUCGACGCCGAGGUGAACGCCGCUGCCGAGGCCGUGGUUGACGCCCAUGUCGACGUUGACGCCCAUGUCGACGCCGACGUCAAUGCCAAGGUCAACAAUGCCCGUGCCGACGCCACCGCCGAGGCAGAGGCCGACGUCGACGUUACUGUCGACGUUGACGCCGACGUCGCCGCCCACCGCCGCGGCGUCCUCCCCGAUACCUCCGCCGUCACCAACGCCGUCACCCCCGUGCAGUCCGCCACCACCGGCGCCACUGAUGCCGUCCCCUCCACCCUGAGCGCCGACGAGGUCCAGCAGCGCGUCGCCCAGCUGCAGGCCGAGAUCCUGCGCCUCACCGGUGGUGCGGGCGAGGGCCUGCCUGUCGGCAAGGACCUGCCUGUCGGCAACCUGCCCAUUGGCAACCUGUAA